AUGCACGUGCAGAGACGCGCGCGCUCGCACGGCCCGCGCGCGACUGGACGCCGAGCUGCUAGGCCGAGAGCCGAGCGGCCGCGCCGUUCGAUGCCGCGCGAUCGAUCCGCGCCUGCGCGCCCGCUACCGUCCGAACAUGCUGACCCGCGAACUGCGACCUUCUCUUCUCUUCUCUGCUCGAACCCGAACCUUACUGCCCCGUCCACCCUCGAUGACCCGAAAGCCCCAAGCUGUCUCGUAUGCCACGGUUCUAGAUUUACCCACCUGCAGCUGAUAGUUUUAUUCGGCCCCGAGAGCCCACAGGUUUGGCUGGGGAAAUCCUUAUGUUUUAUGAAGAUGAUUAUGUAG